AUGAUCGUGGAAGCUCUGGCUCUUAGAGGACAUGACGGUGUCGAUGACUCUGAUGACGAUAUCGAAGCCAAGUCAGUCUCCUUGAUUCUCUUUGGGUCAAGACCUUCUCCUCCCCCAAAAUCACCUCCUUCCCCAACCUCACCGGCUUCCUCUCAAACUUUGACCUCUGGAUCUUCGCCUACCAACGCUCCUGUGCCCACGCCACCGGCACCUUCCCUCCGCGCAACGCCAUCCACGCUCCCCUCCUCCGCAACCUCCUCUCCCUCCGCAAUGUUGUCCUCCGUGCUCGUUUCAUCUGAAACGACAAAACAAACCCUCUCCUCCGCGCCCCCAACGACACUACCGUUUCCAAGCCCCUCUCCAAAUGCAAACUCCAAAACAUUCUCCAAUCCAACGAGCCCUACUUCCAAGACCGCGCCGUUCAGGAGGUUCUCUUAA